AAUGGGACAAACCUUAUCAGAACCUGUUACCGCCAAGGAAACAACCUCAAUAAGUAAUAGUUAUGUGUCUGUUGGUGCCUCUUGUAUGCAAGGUUGGCGAAUCAGUAUGGAAGAUGCUCACACUCAUAUUCUUGAUUUAAGUACAACUGAUCCUACGGCCAGUUUCUUUGCUGUUUACGAUGGACAUGGAGGUACAAAGGUAGCUGAUUAUGCAGGUAAACACCUUCAUGAUAUAAUCAUGUCCCAAUCGACAUUUGAAACUGGUCAAAUUGAGGAGGCAAUGAGGCGCGGUUUCCUUCAACUAGACCAAGAUAUGCUUAAUGAUCCAGAGAUGAAAGACCAACUUGCAGGAAGCACUGCAAUUGUUAUGUGUAUCAAAGCGGGUGUAAUGUUUAUCGCAAAUGUUGGUGAUUCUCGUGCUGUCGCUUGUUGGUCAGGGCGAGCUGAUCCUCUUUCGGUUGACCAUAAACCAAGUGAUGAACUAGAAGCUAAACGUAUUCAAGCUGCCGGUGGUUGGGUUGAAUUUAAUCGAGUUAAUGGAAACCUUGCACUUUCCAGAGCAUUAGGUGAUUUUGUUUUUAAAAAGAAUGACAAUAAAUCGGUUGAGGAUCAAAUUGUAACCGCAUUACCUGAUGUUGAGAAUCGGAUUAUUCACGAAGAUUUGGAAUUUGUUGUCCUAGCCUGUGAUGGUAUUUGGGAUGUAAUGAGUAACGAAGAAGUUGUUUCUUUCAUUCGAACCAGAAUAGCUGCCAAAAUGGAACCUGCCAUUAUUUGUGAGGAAUUGAUGACACAUUGUUUAGCUCCAGACUGUCAUACAGGGGGACUUGGUUGUGACAAUAUGACGGUUUUAUUGAUCUGUUUCCUCCAUGGAAAUAGUUAUGAAGAUUUAGCAGAAAAAUGUUCAGUAACCAGUAAUAACAGAAUCAGGCGUAAUUCCAGUGGCUCUCUUGAUUCAUCUGAUUCGUUAAUUCUAAUGAAAUCAUGUUCAUCCUCUACAUCUGAUAGUCAAGAUGAUGACAUAAUUAACCGGGAAAGUGAAGAAGGAGAUUUGGAACUGAAUAGUUUGUCGAUGUCCGCUUAGAAUUAUCAACUCUUUUUUUUUACAAAUAUUAUCAGUUACAAACGUAAACAAAGAAAAAAAGUCGAAAAGAAAGAAGAUAAAAUGAUCGAAAGAUAAUUAGAACUCUCGAUCUCUUUUGGAAAUCACUUUGAUACACAUUCAGAUCAACUUUUUUUUCUCUCGAAGUGAAACAUUCUCUUUUUUCAUCAAUUCUUUUUCCACCUUCAUCUUUUUUCAACCACUUCCACCAUUUUUUGUCCACUUUUAUUGAUCAAUUACAAUCUACUCUCUCUCUCUCUCUCUCUCUCUCUCUCUCUCUCUCUCUCUCUCUCUCUCUCUCUCUCCUUUUCUCAUCUCCUUUCCAUCAUUGGCCUAUCAAGUUUAAAACAUGGUGAAAGUGAUAUACAAAUGCCAAUCAAAUCAGUCUCUUCAUUAUGUUCGUUGACUUCUUUAAACUUCCAUAAACAAAAUUGUAGUGAUAAAAUUCAACUGUAAAUAAAACAACCACAAGAGCGAAAAAAGUAAAUCAACUGAAAAAAAAGAAGUUAAAACAAAAAAGGAAUCAAAUCAAUUGGAUUGAUUAUACAUCAUAGAUUUAGACUAACAAAAAGAGACAAUUAAUGAAAUUAAAGGCAACUUCAAAGUUCUUACCUGUAAAAAAAAUUGAAUCUUCUUAACCAAAUUAAUAUUAAAACGAUCAAUUGAAAAUUGAA